GUCGUAUCGUCGAUGAUAUGUACUUUCACUUUUAAACAGCAAGUCGUUGGAGCAAGUAUCCGCCUUACUUGAAACGUAUAAGCUGCUAAAAUGGAAGAAGGACAGCGAAAACAACGUGACGAGUCAGAAGAAGUGGGAUCGUCUUCUCUGGCUUCGCUCCCAGCACCCAAGACGGAUGUUGUGUACAGAUUGCGUGAUAUAAAACGAAGUCUGGUUGAAGAGUGGACUAAGACUUUUGAAGGAUACGAUAAUAUACAGGUUUCACAAGGUGAUAUUUUUGAAGGAGCUCCAAGUGCUGAUGCCAUUGUGUCUCCUGCCAACAGUUUUGGAUUUAUGGAUGGUGGUAUUGAUGGUGUGUAUAGUGCUCACUUUGGAUGGCAAAUGCAAAAGCGACUACAGAAAGUAAUCAGAGAAGAAAAGGAUGGUGAGAUUCUUGUGGGCGAUACCGUUAUUAUCCCAACAUUUGAAGGUGGUGCUAAAGAAGACAGUAUGGAUUGGUCAGCUUUUAAUGGUGGUAAACCAAUCAAAUAUCUGAUAUCAGCGCCAACAAUGAGAGUGCCAGAAGUAGUAGCUAAAACACCGAACGCAUUUCUUGCAUUCCGUGCAGUAAUAUUGGCAGUUCAGAAACAUAAUGCCAAUUUAAAAGAAGGGGAUAUUCCAAUAAAAAGUGUGAUAUCACCGGGAUUGGGAACAUCCGUUGGAAAGAUGCCCUCGGAUAAAUGUGCUGCACAGAUGAAGUUAGCUUAUGAUAUGUUUGAACUUGGUUUACAUCGAGAGUUUUAUGAACCUGAACAUCUUACCACAGUCUGGGAACAUCACUAUGUUAUGUGUGAGGAGGCGACACUUUGACCAAUAGUAACCUUGGUAAAGUACCAUUUGAUGUAACAUCGUAUUUUUAACAGGACUACCGGUACCACUAGCUGACUAUAAUAUCUUAUAAGAUUCGUAGAAGAAUACGUUGUAAAGGAUAGAUCCACAUCACUGUAGUUAUCUUCAAGUUAUAUCCUGCUUGCAUUCAGUUUUUCAAAAAAACCUCAAAAAUGUUUGCCAAAAAUAUUCACUGACAUUAGAGAAUUGACGUGUUGUCACGAAAUAAACAAAUCUGAGAGGUCCACUCUGAAAUAGCAACAUGUGUACAUAUACAAUAUCAAGGCAAUUUGGCUAGCUGUUCUCAAUUCAUUUUAUACCAAAAAUAUUCACUACAAUUAGACUUUGUCAACAGCAAAGCUAAAAGUCUCUCAAAUUCUCUUCCUGAUGUUUUUAGGACUGCUGUCAC